AUGGCGCUGUUGGUGUGGACUGAAUUUGGUAAAGGUUUAAUCAAGAAGUUGAAAGUAUCACCCGACGGGUUUCUGCAAAUGUGUCUUCAGCUGACAUAUUUUAGGAAUCAACAUAAAUUUGCGUUAACAUACGAGGCGGCAAUGACUCGACUGUAUCGUGAGGGUCGAACCGAGACCGUGCGAUCGUGCACAAAACAGAGUUGUGAAUUUGUAUGCGCGAUGCUUGAUCCUGAAAAAACGCGUGAGGAGCGAUUGCGUUUAUUGCACACUGCUUGUGUGCGACAUCAGGAAUUGUAUCGUUCGGCAAUGUGCGGAAAAGGUAUCGACAGGCACUUGUUCGCUUUAUACGUUGUGAAGCGUUAUUUGGAAGAGGAGUCGCCGUUCCUAGAUAAGGUCUUCCCGCCCACAUACACACUCUCGACCAGUCAAACACCGUUGUAUCAGUGCUGUGAGGAGUCAAAACUUAUGACGCCCUAUCAAAAGGCGACAUUCGUCAGUGCGGGAGGUGGUUUCGGACCGGUCGCCGAUAAUGGCUACGGAAUAUCGUACAAUAUUGCUGGUGAAAAUCAAAUAUCUUUCCACAUUUCGUCGAAGAGAUCAGCGGAAAAUACGGUUUGUUUUGGAAUUGUUAUUGAUUCUGAUGACGGCCUUUUCACUUUUUUUAUUGAAAUUGCUUUCGUUGAUAUGAAUACUGCUAAUAAUACUGUCCUUAUCGCUUUGUCGUUUGUUCAUCGUAAUAUAAGGAGAUCGUAA